AUGGAGACGCGCGAGGAGACAGGCGAGCCCCGGGGAGAAAAAAGAGAGGCGAGACCGCCAGAGAGCCGGCAACAGUACGCUGGUCGGCUCAGAGGAGACAUCAGGAGAGAGACUGAAGAAGGGCGCAGGGCGUCUCUCAGCUCUUCUCUCACCUCGGAGGGACGUUACAUCCAAAGGGAGACCCUCCUUGGGAGAAGACGAGUCGAUCACCGCGCACAGUUGAAUCCCCGAUCCUUUGUGCAGAGACCCACAGGCCCUGCCUCCUUCUCCGUUGCCGAUUCACCUUCGGUUUCGUCUCCUCGGUAUUCGUCCUUGUCUCCGUCCCCUCUGUCUCCUCUUGAGACGAGGCGAGGGGAAGCGAGAGGAAGAGAGGCUGGUCGGCCCUCUCUGGGGCGCGUGUCAAAGCGGCAGGUGGAGAGAGAAGCCGUCGAAGGGCGUUUGGAAAGAGCGGGCGAGAGGAGACGAAGACCGACUCGAGUGGGGAACCGAACCGUUUUCGAUGUUCGCCGAACGUCUCCCGCUGAUCGACAGGCUUUCGCAGCUGCCUGCGCGGCCCACGGCCUGCCGGCUGUCGAGACACUCCCGAGCGUGAAUCUCCGCGCCGCUUUCCACCGUCUGUACAGAAGCGAUGCGUCGUCGUUUUUCUCUUUCCUUGUCAACCAGUUGGAGGCCUCUGCGCAUGUGCCGGGCCCCUCGGGGUCUCUCCCGCGGGUGUCUGCACUCGACGGCGCCUCAGCAGGCCCCCGAGAUCUCAGCUCGCAGGAGGCGCUCCACCCGCGCGCGGCCGUGGCUGCCCUCGUGUGCCUCGCGGCCUACGCACAUCUGGACCAGUGCGAAGUGAAGCUCGAGUUUGUGCCUUCGCCUCCUUCCUCCGCAGGUCUCGUCGAAGGUUACGCCGCUUCGGAGAAGGGAGAAGCCACUGGGCGCCUGGAGAGCGCAGCCGAGGUCCGCUGUUUUUUGGGAGACGAGCGCGACGGCGAGGUGGAGGCAGAGACGCCGAAGAAACAGCAGGCGACGAGUCUCGAGGGCGACAGUGGGGAGAGCAGGAGGCGAGGGGCGGGGGGCAGAGACGCAAAAAAGGAGCGAGCCGAAGAAGCGAGGAAGACAGAGACACCGUGGGGGGACGGAUGCAGGCGUGAGGAGAUUCGACGGGGCCAGGAGACGACGGCAGAGGAGAGAGAGGAGAACGAGGAUGGCGAAGCCGACCGAGAACGUUUCUUCUUUCAACUCUCAGGCAGCGGCCCGCCAUGCACACGGGGCACCAAGGAGCGACUGUCUCUGCAGCUCGUCGAGCGCCUGAUGGACAUCGCGGGGACGCGGUUGCAGAGCCUGCAGACCUCCGACUUGACUUCGCUCUUGUUCGCUCUGGUAACGCUCUCGCGAGCCUUGUCUUUUCCACUUUCGCCCUCGCCUUUUUCACCCUUUACCGCCCCCCUCCGUGCUUUCGCCGGCGCCGCCCCGAACCCGCCCGCGCGGCUUCUGCGCUUUUCUCGCCGCAUGCGCCGCCUUCUCGUUCGCCUGCUUUCUCGUCUCUCCGAGGCAGCUGCGGACUUGGAGUCUCUCGAGAUUCUUCGUUCCUCCCUGCUCCUCCUCACGCCUCACCACGCCCGAGAGUCACCCGCCGCGCGGCUCUCCUGGACGCUCGCCCUGGAGACCCCGACCACUGGGCUCCGGCGGGCCGCGCGACCGCGGUCGUCGGGCCCAGGGCCCGGCCUGCGGGGGGCCUUCGCCCCCAGCAGAGACUCCGGCAGGGGCAAGGGGACAACAGCGCGGCACCCGCGCAUGCACGCGGUUUUUUUUCCAGGCGUCUCUUCGGAGGCCCUCGCCCUCGCUCGGGAUGAAGCUGUACACCUGCAGGCAACGCAUGCAGUUUCGGGCACAGGAUAUCCGCCCCGAAGCCGCGACGGAGACAGCAGGCCAACCGAACUCCGCGGAGCUCGGAGCGGGCCGGAGACGGACGGUCAAGGCCCCGGAAGGGAGCAGUGGUCUGAGGCAGACGCGCGGGAGGUGGAGAGACUUUUUCUUCUUCUUCAGCAGACGUUUCCGCCUUCGAGUUCUUCGGACGUUAUUGCGGCCGGCGCCGCGUACCUCGCGAAAGCAUGCGCCAUCGCGGCCAGGCGAUUUGAGAUCGAGAGCCUUGCAGCCUUCGGGCUGGAGCAUGCGAGUGUCUCUCCCAUGUUCGAGCCUCAUGUGGAUCAGAUGCAUGCGCCACAGCGAAGUGGGCAGGCUGUCCUCUGGCGCGCGAACCCUGGUGUCUCCUUAGGGACCUCGGGGAGGGCUCUCCUGCACCGUCGCGAGACGGAGACAGAGACGGGCCGACGUGAAGAAACAGAUGUCGCAGAAAGGACAAAAGACGACGAAAUAAAGCAGGAGAGGGAGGAGACAGAACGCAGAGGAGAAGGACCACAGUGCGGGGGAAACGAGGAAGAGCCAAGAGGACAGACAGAGGUGGAGGGGCGAGGAUCGGCGAGGCGAGAAGGCGAAAAUCCAUAUGAGGUUGCAGGGCGCUUCCAAUGCACACAGGGAGCUUCAGAAGAAGGCGAGACGAGAGAAGUUCUCAAGGAAGACAAACAUUCACUAUUUGCGUCGAUCCAGACAAAAGUCACGACAUCCUCCGAUGAGGAACUGGCACAUAUCGCUCGACGGCUUCUCGACACAUGGGAAGCGUGGUUGCCUUUUCUCCAGGCAGUUGGUGAAUGCCAGGACCUUGCUUCUUCUUCCUCUCCUGCUCCGUCUUCUUCUCCGUCUUCCUCUUCUCCUCCGUCUUCCUCUUCUUCUCCGUCCGACCUGUGUCCGGCGUCUUUUUCUCGAUUCGUCAACGUUGCUCUGUACAACCAGCGCCUUCUGCUCCUUGUUCUCUCUGAGCAGAGACGCCGAGAGACCUCGAGAGACCGCCAAAUUCGCGGGGCCGACAGGGCACCGAAGACCGCGACGGACGGGCGAGAGGCGCCCGAAAAAACAACAGAGACGAACGAGGCGCAACCUUCCCUCCCUCCUCGUUCAACGCAGUCCAAGGAGACUCCGCAGCCUGUUGAGGCAAGCAGAGAAGAAAAAGGUCAAAUUGGCCGACACUAUGAAGAUGGCGAAGCAGGCAAAGAAGACAAAGGAGAGAAACACGAUAAAGAUAACGAGGACAUGAGAGAUGCAGAAGACGAACAUGAGAGAGAAUCGAACUGUAGGACAGGCGACACUGACCCACUGUCGGCGCAUGCUUCCCUCGUCUCCCCAGAGCCGGGCCUUCCCUGCGAUGCAAAGAUCCUUCCCCCUUCUUCUCCGUCUCCUAAGCUGUUUUCUUCCUCGUUCUCUCAGUCGCUUGUGGAAGGCCCCGUGGCUGCUUGGUGGAGACUGUGUGAGCCUGUGGCGAUGAAGACUUUGUCUUCGCUGUUCCACCUGGUGUCGCGCAUGCAGCGGCCCUGCGCCCAGGGCCUCACUGGCUUCCCUGCUCUGCGAGACGCGGCAGUGACCUUUCUCUUCGACAGAGACGCCGAGUAUGAGAGGGCCGAGGGCGAUUCAAAGAGCGCCGUCGCGGCCGUGCAUUCGGAGGGUGCCUGCGCGCAUACAGUCGAUGGCCGCGGUCCCCAGACGCCGAGGCGCGAGCGCCGAAGCCUCGCGCCGCAGACCGGGCCGAGGCGGCAGCGAGAAGCAUGGCCUGAAUCGGAGCUUGAGUCUGAGGCAAAGCAGCGCUGGCUUUUGCUCUCUGCUCUCGAUGCGGCUUCUGCUGUCGCAGACUCUCGCGAGGGAGCAAGCGAGAAUUCGCUUUUCUAUCGGGCUGCAUUUGCCGGCGUCCACUCCCCCCGUGGAGGCCCCGCACCACUGCACGAGACAGGCGAGGCGGGGCUGCAGAGCGGAAGUGGAGACAGACUCGAGGAAGCCAUUCGAAAGGCAGAACUCUUCUGUUUUAUGGCGACAGCGAACCAAGGAGGCAAAAGCAAUCCGGUGGUACAGCGUUCCGCAGACGAGUUGCUCGAAUGCGCUUUCUCGCCUGCGAAUACAGUCUCUCCCGCCUCGGUGAGGCCUCUUCCUGGGAGGCCCGCCGACUGCCUCAAAGAGAGUCUUGUGGCUUCCACGGAGAGUCACUCGGAUGCCGCGGAGCCCCGAGGCGAAGCAGGAACAAUUCCCCGAACGCCUGCCUCCUCCUUCUCCUUCGCGCUUCUCCAGCGCCUCCUCGUGAGCGCCGACCGAGUCGACAGCGCGCGACUGCUUCUCGCGGUGCUCGCCGAGAUGACUGCGAGACUGAAAGAGGCGGCAGCGGCAGCGGCCACUCGGGAAGAAGUCGACAGAACCUCACGAGACACAAAAGACAUCCGAGAAAAUGGCGACGGGAGAGCGGCAUGUCUUCUGGGUCCGGAGCUGGCUCUAGAAAGCCGCUUCUGGAGGCGCGAAUCUCCGGGGACGACCGAGGAGACGGCUCGGCGCCGGGCCGCAAGGGACUUCGACGCGCGAGGCCGCGGAACUGUUGAAGACCCCAGCGGGGAAAAGAGUAACGACGAGAGCGGAAGCAAACAUGCGCAGCUGAUUGGAAAAGCGCUCACGUUUCUAUUCCGGUGGAUGGGCAUCUCUCGGCGAAACGGUGUUUUUCCGGCCUUCAGAGACAGCCGAAGGGAGGACGAGGGAGCGGGGGGGAUGGCUAUCGAGGGAGAGAGCCCUCCGCGGCAGCGGCCCUCGCUCGGAAACGGAGACAUGAGAGAGGCCGGAGAACCGUCAGAAGAGAGAAGCCUUUCUUCUCCGGAGGAGACCCGCGCCCUGCGAGCCGCCAGCGAAAAGGCGAUUCUCGACUUUGCCCUCGCAGCCACGCAAUGGGCCUCCCAGACGAGGUUCGCUGGCUUCUCGCCCACAGAUCUCGCCCUCCUCACGCACGCACUGGUGCCCCUGUGGCGCGCCAUUCCGCUCUCCGGCGCCUUGGGCUCCUCGGGCGCCUUGGGCUCCUCGGGCGGGUUCCGAAGGGCGCGCGAGGUGCCUCCGCGGGCGCUCGGCCGCGAAGAAGGCGAAGGCAGCGAGGAAUGCGGAAGCAGUCGAGGUCGCCACGAGGAACUCAUCGAUAGGUACUUCGAGACGCUCACGGAGGUGACCUGUUCUCACGUGGCGGGAGGCCGGUCGCUGUCUCUCUCGCCGUCUCGUCCGCGCCCUUCGCCUUCGCUCUCGCUGCUUGCCUGGAAGCCGCCUCUCCUCUGUCUUCUGCUUCACUGUCUGAUUCGAAUGACGCCGCAGCUGACGCCUUCGCCGCGCGACGCCUCGUUGUCGCAGCCCGCGUCUCCCCUGUCUGUCUUAGCACCUAGGGGCGCAGUCCCUGCCGCUUCCGCCACCUGUGCAGACACCUGGGAAGAAGGUCUGUGCAAGGCCCACAAGCGUCUGCUGUUUGCACCGUCGCGUCUCGCGGCUUGUGCGCCCUGUCUCGGACCUUCUUCUCUUCCUAGAGCUGGGCAUCCGCCUGCUCUCUCGGACGCGCCUCUAAUCACCUCCUGGGCCUCUGUCCUGGUGCCCGCCGUCGCCGAGGCUUUAGGCACCCUUGUUCUCUUCCCGCGCUCUGUCGUGCAUGCAGCGGAGGCGAGUGCCGCUGCGCUGAAGGCUCUUGAAGGCAUCGUCAGGCACAGAGUGCCUUCAGACUCCUCCGAAGAGAUCUGCGGCAUGGCGUCGCCCCGGCCGAGCCCAGAGUCUGGGAGGGGGGAGAAACAUGGAAGCGAGAAAAGCGAGACGACAGACGAAGGGAAGGAAAAUGACGCGGAGGCGGCUCGACUGGCGAGCGAAGCAAACGCUGGAAGGUCGGGAGAACGAUCUCGUAAUCUCGGCACGAAUCAGACGAUUCCUGAGCCAUGUUUGUCUCCACCUGCUCGUGCGGCGUCUGCUCAUCUGCCACAGGCGCCGGCGCAUCCUGAAGCCUCCGCGGCGGAGGGCGAGCAAGACGCGCGAGAAGAAAGGGGACGCGAAGGCUUUGCACACCCUCCGCCGGGUUCCCGAGUGUCUGUGCAGGAACUACCAUCGACAACGAAGUCGACCUGUUUUUUCUGUUCGCUUCGCAGCUCGUCUGCGGCCUCUGCAGACUCGCCUGCGUCUUUGGAGCGCAUGGUGGCAAACGCGAUGGAGACGCACUCGCCUCUGUCGCUCUCUUCUUCCUUGUUAUCGCUGUCUCUGCUGCCAUACCUGUCGGAGUGCAUGACUGCGGCGGCGGCCAAGAAGCUGAGCAAGCCUCUGCGUGCUCGCCUUGCGGAGAUUCUGAAGUCGUCUUCGCUGCCUUUCUCGCGACCAAAGCUGUUCAUCAGUCGCAUCGAGUUCCGCGAGCUCGGCUCUGUUCUCUGGGGCCUCGACAAGGUUUGUGUGCACAACAUGCGCGACGCCCAGCUGCGGAGGCCGGCGCCGGUGCGGCCGGUUGACAGCCUAGGUGGCUUUCAAGAGGCGGGGAGGCGCGGAACCACCGGCGAGGUCGCUCCGAGAGACGCGGAAGGCGGGCAGUUUCCGUCUCCCCUCCUCGCGCCCUCUGCCGCCUCGUGCCUGUGGGGAAACCUCCACGGGGCGCUCUGGGAAGGCGGCGGCGAGAAGACCCGCGAGGCUCGUGAACGCGAGUUGGAGGAGAGGCACGAGACGCAGACUCGAGAAAGGCACUUUCUGCCGUGGGGUGCGACGCUCGCCCUCGACGCGCUGAGGAGACCCGGCGGCUUCUGCCACAAACUCGCUCUGUACUUUGCCGCUUCUGUUCGCUUUGAGGAGCGACGCCUUCUUCUCGCCUACGCCCGCUCUGCGGGUCUUGGACGCGGGCAAAAGGGUGCUGGGACGCGCACAGGAACGGAGACACUGCGAGACGCGGCAGCAGACAGGAGCAACAACGGCAGGGAGAGCGAGAGUGACAGCGACAGUCGAGACCGAAGCAGAGAAAGGAGAAGCGCUGGAGAGCGUAGAGAGAGUAAACAAGAAGAGAGCGAGGUGGUGGAGGAGGGCGUACGAGAUCUGGCGAGUUAUUUGGUGGCGGAAAGACGACGUCCGACAGGAGGAGCUUUCAUCCGCUUUGUCAGGUGGAAGGAGGAGGCUCAGGGUGGCGCGACACCGAAGAUGGAGGGAGACAGAGAGGACAGAGGCGAAGCUGGCGGAGAGGCUGCAGGCAGCCCAGGAGCGUCGGAGCCCCCUGCAGAAGCACAGAAAAAUGCCAAGCGCUUUCAGGAGACAGCGGAAGCCGCGAGGGAGACAGGUACCGCGUCGGAAUUGGAGACAGGCGACACGUUGAAAGACGCGGCUUCUUCUCGAUUGCGGAGAGAAGAAAGAGAAGAACGAGAAGAAAGGAAAUUGAGAAGGCGCUACGAAGACGUUGUUUUCUGUCGGCCUUUCCGAGGCAUCAUCGACGCCCGCGAUCUCCCCCUCAGCGACUCCUGGCUGUCGCCGCCCGGCGUGACGCUCAGUCUCCUCGUCAACUCCCAUGUGACGCAUCUGUCGUGCGGCCUGGUCGACAUUGUAGCGGCGACCGUGGAGUGCCCCCUCCAUCUCCUGGACCUCGAACCUCUUCAGCUCCAGCAUACCCUGCAGCCUGUGGCGCUUCUGGUCAAGCCUCGGGGCGUCAAGUCUCCGUCGUCUUUGGGGGCUUCUGCGUCUUCUCAGUCCUUCGCGUCGCCCGUCAGUUCAGAUGUCUCUACAGGGAGCGCGCCGUGGACGAUUGUCCCGACAGCAGCUUUCCUCAGAGCCGCCACACUCGCUCUGCUUCGCCAGAGUCAGAAGAUUCUUUCCUCGCUCUCUGCCGUCCUUCCGCGAGACCGCGAGAAAGACGAACAGAGUUUUGCGCAGUCGCCAGUGGGAAAGCGUUUGGCGCUGCAGUUCUCUUCUCUGCUGUACAGCGCGAGAGCGCUUGCUGUCCUCCUCGACGCUCACUGCGCCUACUGGGCUCGACGGGGAGCUGCGCAGAAAAAGACAGAGAAGCGAGGAGACAGCCCCGCCAGGCACGAGGCAGACGAACAAGGAGGCUCAGAGAACGAAGCGACAAGCACGAAGGGAGAGUUGAAAGAGAAGGUAGCGGGCGGCGAUAAGGAAGAGAAAGGUGGAGAGGAAGAGCUCAGCAAGAAGGGAGAGAAAGGUGAGAAGGGAGAAACACUCGUGUCAACGUCUUCCUCAACAGAGGAAUUGUCUUCUCCCUCCACAGGAUUCGAUGUCUUCACCGUAUUCCCCGAUUCUUUCGAGCGGGAGCUGCAGGCCUUUCUGGCAGUCUUGAGUUCGCUCCUCGUGACGCGGCCGCUGAUGGCGUCUGUCUCCUCGUCGCUCGCGCUCUUGACUGCAUGCGCAGAAGUCUGGGGGACGCUCGGGCGCUGGGUGUCUCUCCAGCCGAAGACGAAAGAGGCGCUUCAGGCGCUCGCACCCUCUGCGGUUCGCUUUCUCCUCAACCAAGACGCAGCAGAUGGCGGAAAGCCGGAGAAGCGAGAGAGGCGGCGAGAGGACAUCCGGAAGGGCCGCGAGCGCGGAGACGGCGCGAAUGAGGCAGAAGGUGAGGGCAGAGACACGCUGCGAGGAAGCGAGAGCGAGGACUUCGAAGCCUCUGGAGGGCGAGCGCAUGCAGCGGAACGGGCGAUCCGCCACGGUGGAUUUCCUGGCGAUGGCGAGGCGGGAGAAGAGGGACGGUGUGGAGAGGAAGAGAGAGGAAGGUGGGGUCGCGGCCCGGCGUCGUGGGGUGCAGAAGGAAAGAAGAAACUGAGUGUGGGGAGGCCCGGUAGAAACGAGCCGUUUUCAGACUCCCCAGCGACGUUUUUCCGCGGUGCAGUGAACAUGAAGAAGAAAGUCGAAGCAAGAGAUCGGGAAGAAGCGAGUCUGCAGCACUUGUCAGCAGCUCUUCAGAGUCUCAGAGAAGUCACGUCGCGUCCGACAGGCAGGUGAAGCAAGUGAAAAGCCGAGACACAAGUUCCACCUUUCAUAGGUCCGGAGGGGUGCCGUUGCCGCGGUGUGGACUCCGGGAAGAGGCGAGCUAGUUCCACGGCUGAGAAGAGUUCUGCACGCAUAUCCGUGAACGUCUGCGAAGCGUUUCAGUCGAUAAAUCGACACAGUUGGUGAAUCUUGCAGCCGCUCUGGAGAGCCCAGAGCGCUCUCUCUGCAAAUCGCGGCUCUCCGUGAACGAGCGCUUCAACCCUGUCGCUGUCGCUGCUGACAGUCCGACGUCGAGCAGUGGCGGACUCGCUCGAGGCUUCCCUCGCGACGUCUCGUAUUCUGCUUCCAUUGUUAUGACACCAGGAAGAGAGGAGUCUCCUCUGGAAGUUCAUCGC